AUGGCUUCCAUCCAAAUCAUCAUCUUGAUAACGCUGCUAUGCCAACGGUGGUGUGAUGCUGGCGCGGCGGUCAAUCCCAACCAAGAUGCCAUCAAAGCUGUGGGCAAUUUGACCAAAUUAUUCGUUCAAAUUGAUGAUGUAAGUGCCAACUUGACUUUAAAUUCCGAUGAAAGCUAUUCGCUAUCCAUUCACGCUCAUCCUCAACCGGUUGCCUUUCUCCACGCGAAACAAACUUGGGGAGCGCUACGUGGCUUAGAAAGCUUUAGCCAAUUAAUUGAUGCAACCUAUGAUGGAUUUUUCAUCCAGGAGACCAAGAUUGUCGAUUAUCCACGAUUUAAAUAUCGCGGUGUCAUGCUCGACUCUGCUCGACACUACCUUACUUUGGAUGUUAUUCUACAAAAUUUAGAUGCCAUGUCCUAUAAUAAAUUCAACGUCUUUCAUUGGCAUAUUGUCGAUGAUCAGUCAUUUCCAUUUGUCUCAUUAACUUAUCCACAAUUAAGCCAACAUGGCUCUUAUACACCACGCCAUGUUUACACACCUGACGAUGUCCAAAUGGUCAUUGAAUAUGCACGAGAUCGCGGUAUACGGGUUAUCGUCGAAUUCGAUACUCCCGGCCAUUCAUCGUCAUGGCGUAGUAUUCCCAACUUUCUUACCCCUUGUUAUAGUAAAAAUGGUGUCCCCAAUGGACAAUUUGGCCCAAUCAAUCCAAUCUUGAAUUCAACCUAUACCAUACUAGAGGACUUUUUUCGUGAAAUUAAGAAACGCUUUCCUGAUCAAUACGUUCAUUUAGGCGGCGAUGAAGUCAAUUUCAGCUGUUGGCAAAGUAAUCCUGAUAUUCAAAAUUUUAUGACACAACAUGGUUUCGGUGAUCAUUAUGAAUUAUUGGAGCAAUAUUAUGAGCACAAUUUAGUAACUAUUAUGGAAAAAAUUGGCUUACGCUAUAUUAUAUGGCAAGAUGUGGUCGACAACAACGUCAAAGUCGAUCCCAACACCGUUGUACAAGUAUGGAAAACAAGUCCUAGCUAUAAAGCAGAAUUAGCCAAAGUAACCAAGAUGAAUUUACAAACUAUUCUCUCUUCUUGUUGGUAUCUGAAUUAUAUCGGUUAUGGUCGUGAUUGGGAACGAUUUUAUCGUUGCGAUCCUCAAGAUUUUAAAGGUACACAACAACAAAAAAAUUUGGUUAUUGGCGGCGAAGCUUGCAUAUGGGGAGAAUACGUCGAUUCAACCAAUUUAAUGGAGCGUUUCUGGCCUCGCGCUAGUGCUGUCUCUGAACGCUUAUGGAGCUCCGCUAAAGUAACCAACGUCGAUGCAGCACUACCACGCAUUGAUCAUCACCGUUGCUAUCAACUAAUUCGACGAGGACUACGAGCGCAACCCAUUAACGGAUAUAGUUUCUGCCAAGCGGAAUACAAUGUCGUUAUGAACCACCUUGAUCGCGACGAAUUGUAA